UUUCAAUUCUCAAAAAACAUCGAUAUCAACAAAUAUCACAACAUAACAUGAUAAUUCGCAUACCGUUCUAUUGCACGCAACUCUUAAUUUCCUUUGCUUUUCUUUCCAUGAAUUAUUGCUUCUUACUUACCAACAUUGGAACAGCCCAAACAGACUUCCAUUCUUUUGCUUACUUGCUAUGAUAGUUGCUAUUCUGUUUACGGAUACUGCGCAGAAAUUGGUUGAUGCGUUAAACUCAAAAUAAGCAGUUGGUUCACAUUUAUUCAGAGGGGCUUCCAAAUACUGAUGACAUGAAGUUCGGAUGAAUAUCAUGGAGCAUGAAGGGUUGAAAACUAUCUCAGAGAGUUUCACUCCAGUGCGACGCAAAGAAUCAACAUUGAAUGAUGGGAGGUUUGGUCGGGAUGCUGAGAAGGAAUGGACUGCAGCUCGGUGUAAUCGAUUACUACGACCUUUGACUUCUCGAAUUGCAAUUUUAUGUAAGGCUAAACAGGACUCUCUUAAUUGUAUGAAAGUUCAAUCUAAAAAGGGCAAAUGGGCUUCUGAUCCAAACAUUGACACACCAGGCAAGGAGAUUACCAAUAAUAAUGCAGGCUGGGUUGGGCGGAAGAGAGUUAAAAGGAAAUACUCUGGAAGGGCAGGUACCAAAAGACCGGAGCAACCUAUUGCCAAUGCAGAACCUUUUGUCAAAGUAGCCUCGAAUGGCAGAGGCUCAUCGUCAUCGGUCCCUGGAGAAAUUGUGGUUCCAACGCCAUUACUCAACCGAGCCUGGAGAAAAUCCGCUUCACCAUAUCGCGCAAUACCCUACAAAGGAAAUGCUCCCGAGCAUUGCCAACAAAUGAGCAUAGAUUCGGUUUCUGAUAGGCAAACUAAAGCUCGAGUUUUAGGGGCCAGCAAGACGCACACUACAGGAUCGCAAGCAUUAUGCAAAAUUCGCAAUACGAUGAGUCCUGCUCGCUUCAAUAUCUAUGAAGGUAUUUAUAAUGGUCUCGAAGGAUUACUCAGGGCAACCCAUCCUAUUGCACCAAAAGGUCAUGAAAAGGGACCUAAGUCAUUACUAUCCCUGUGUCUCGCAACAGUGCCAAAAUACAUUACCAUGGAGGAGAAGUUAUUAUAUAGUGAGAUUGAAAGAGUAGGGUCCUAUUCGGCCAUCGAGAAGAGGGAUAUCUCUACAGAAAUUUAUGAUGACCUCGAGUUGUUUGGUUCAUGUGGUCGCGGUUGGAAACAUCUUCAAAGUGUAGUCCGAUCGCAUGGUGUUCAAAUGAUUCGUGAUGCGAUUUUGGGAGAUCUUUUGGAAUAUAAAUUCUGUGAAAUACUCGUCGAUCUUUGUAUAUAUUCAGGGCAUCACGAAGAAGCAGAACUAAUACUAUCAAGUCUACUUUCAGCAUACAAGUUUCCUGCCCCAUACAGAAGUUUUUCAGAUCAUGUCUCACAUGGGCCACUAUCGAAAAUUCGAAAAUUCGUCGAAGUCACGAAUCGUACCUGGUAUGAAUAUCGACAAAUCUCUAUCUUAAUUAAAAAUGGAACUCUUCCGCUUCCUUGGGUAGCAACUGCAGCCUUUACUCCCAUUUGGAAUGGUUUGAUGCAGGACCUAUUGUUGGAUCAUGCGAGAGCAGAUGCUGCGAUGUUCAUGAAUACUGUCCUGCCAUGUCUUGUGGAAUAUUUGUCAUCAUCUGAUUUCUCGUCGGAUGCGGACCUCUAUAAGAUGUGCAGAUCUACAUUAUUAACCGUGCUGACAACAAUCUCAUCUAUCAUCCUGCUCGGCAGAGGUGAGGAAGGAUUUGGAGCCGCACACGAGUGGAGAAUGUCUGAAUCCAUGUCCGACAAUGAAAUUGUAGGACGCCAGCCGGUGGCAGCCGACAGCCCUUUAGGGUCUCUGACAACACAUAAGAUAAGAGAUUCUAAUCGCACCGCCACGAUUAGCGACACUCAUUCAAAGCUUUUGAAGGACUGCGUGAGACUCAUAAGGCGUAAUACUAAGGAGACUGAUUUACAAAGUACCAUUUUACUUUUGGCAUGUUUAGUGACGGAGCCUAAUGCAGAGGAUAUUUCAGAUCUCAUCAUUGAUACUUUGUGUCUAAUGUAUGAAGAAGACACAGAUGAUGAAAAUCUAAGUGCUGAAAUUCCUUCUCGGCUCGCCCAUAAGACUUUGUACAAUGAGGCUGUGAGCUUCUUAUCUUCUGUGGCUCGUUGCUGUGGUAAAGGGGCCUCUACCUCCGGGUUUGAAUAUCUUCAAUACAUACAUUGGAGGCUCAAGAUGGUUACUGCGGGUAGACGCUCGAAGGCCAUGACUAUUUGGCAUGGAAUUAUCGUGGAUAGCGCAUUUGCUUUCGCCCAAGCAACACCGGGCCAAAAAUAUCUUGACUACGCGGAUUCUUUGGAUGGCGAGCUUCAUGCUGAAAGCUCGAAAAGACCUGGCGGGGCGAGGAAAGAGGCUUACCACGAACCAGCAGCUUUUCGGUGGGAAGAGGGUAUCAGCUCCUGGGUAACAGCAACGCCUGCUAUCAAUAACAGCAAAUUCAAGAUUAUACCUAUAAACUUUCAGAGUGACGAGGCCGAGUUUGAAUCACCUUCUUCGGCCCGCUCACAACGGCCUGUGCAAUUAACUCGAGGGACUAAGAGGAAAUGCGAUGACAAUAAACACGACCAACCUGUUGAGCCAGAGACGAAACUAACGUCAAGGUGUCAAAAGAGAGCACGCGGACAGAAGGCUGCUACUUUCAAUGUCUGGAAUUGUGAUAGCGGUGAUGAUGAGCUCAACUCCAGCUACGAAUCUUCUGAAAAUACCCAUGUUUUGAAAAAUCUUCAAAAUGUAGAAACCCGACGUCGAUCAAAGCUUCGGACAAAAAGCCAAAAAGCGAGCCUAACCACCAAUUGCAAAAAAGAGUUAUUCAGCGAAGAUGAGCUGGGCAUAUGAGGAAGGAAUACAUCCGCUAUAUCUUUAAAUAGCGAAAUUGGGAAGAUAUAAGUUAUGGAACGAUAAUGUUUCAUUUGGAAUCCACGGAUUUACAUUUUGGCAGGUCUGGCGAAACGGUUACUCUACCAUUUAUAGAAUUAUGAGUAGAAUUUCAGGGUAGGUGUAACCAUGAGUUUCACUGGUCAGAAUCUGUGAUAUAGACAACGCUCAUGAUCUGUCUAUAAUGAGACGAUCAUAGACAGUCGCAUUACCAGGAUAGCGUUAUUAUCGUCAAAAGGCGAUGGAGAGACCUCAGGACCCCUAAUGAUGCGAUGGUUAGUGCAUGGCGAAUUUCUGCAAAGGAGACAUAAAAGUAUAGACGGACGUUCUGAUGGGAACUUGGGGCGCUAGAUGUGAACGGUGGACAUCUAAAGCUCGCUACCUAGUCAAAGAAAGUUGUCAUAUUGGAGUAUAUAAUGCUUUACGCAUCACGGAACAAACACAGCUAGGAAAGCUCUUGUAUAUUGCAGUGUAGUGUAGCGUUGGAGGUUGGGAUCUCCUCGGGCUAUUUACACCCUGGCCAGUGGAUAUGUCAGUCUUGAAUGUAUGGAGUACACAUGAACAUUUUCUCGCAGAA